AUGAGUUCUGAAGAGGGCAGGUCAAACAGUCAAGGUGGUGGCGAUGUGAACGGCGCUGGAGCAGCGGAAGGGACGAAAGAAGAGGUCGAACGGACCGCAAGACAAAACCAGUACGUGGCAGAGCUACGAGAGCAGGACCGGUGGCUUCCGAUCAACAAUGUGUCCAGACUGAUGAAGAACACGUUGCCGGCGACGGCGAAGGUGUCGAAAGAUGCCAAGGAGUGCAUGCAAGAGUGCGUUAGCGAGUUCAUCUCGUUCGUUACCAGCGAAGCCAGCGACAGAUGUGCUGCUGACAAGCGGAAGACGAUAAACGGCGAGGACAUACUGAUAUCGCUGCAUGCGCUUGGAUUCGAGAACUACGCCGAAGUGCUCAAGAUAUACCUGGCGAAGUACAGGCAGCAGCAGGCGUUAAAAAACCAGAUGUGGUACGAAGAAGAGGAGAGCCCAGCAGACAAGGAGAGGGAGCCGCAGGGACAGCAGGCUGGCUGGGAACAGGCUCCGGAGCACAGCGAACCUGCUGGCCAAUCGGUAUCCGAGCAGGGCAGCCCGGACUGA